CAGACGUGGCAAAGCACCACGUCAUCACUGUGGGUCGGCGCUUUAUUAUUAUUUAUGGGUGUAUUGUGUUAGUACCGCCAGCAGCAAUUCUGGGCUGAAGUUAAAAUAAAUACUACAGAGAAUAUGAUGGAAGAAAGUGGGAUUGAGACUACACCUCCUGCCAGCCCCACCCCUCUGACUGUGGGUGGCCCAGUCGGAAGCCUGCCCACCUCUGCUGGUCUGUCCACUUCGCUCCCUCUCCCAGGAACAAUCAGUUCCCCCUCAGUCUCGACUUCUCUCCCCAGUGUCCCACCACUUCCUGCCUUCAGCAGCCCUCUGGCUGCACCGCUUUCCCUUUCUUCCCAAUUUCCCCCUGCCUCAACACUGGCCUCACCUUUCACCAGCAGCUCUCCCGUCCCUCCUGCUGCCUCCUUCUCUUUGCCUCCUCAGGCCUCUUCCAUCAGACCUCCUUCUACUGCUUCCAGCAUGUUGCCCCCUCCUGUAGGUCCGCCUGUAUCGAGCUUCUCCGUGGGUGCAGGAUAUGACAUCACACGGGGUCAUGCUGGUCGAACCCCACAGACACCGCUGAUGCCAACAUUUUCCAGUCCUGCUUCUAUACCAGGUGUGGUGUCCAACCCCAUGCUUCAGCAGUCAGUCAUUAGAGGAGGAUUAGAUACUGGAUCUUCAAUCACGUUCCCGGAGGAACAGGAGGAUCCCAGAGUGUCUGGAGACACCAACAGUGGUGGAGGCAUCUGGGGCUUUUUUAAGGGAGUAGCAGGAAACGCUGUAGUAAAGACAGUCUUAGACAAAACCAAACACUCUGUGGAGUCCAUGAUCACUACUCUUGAUCCUGGCAUGGCCCCAUACAUCAAGUCUGGUGGGGACAUUGACAUCGUUGUGACUUCAGAUAAGGAGAUGAAUGUGGGAGCAGUUAGAGAUGCUUUCCAGGAGGUUUUUGGGCUGGCCAUGGUCACCGGAGAGUCUGGUCAGUCAAACAUUGCUCCACAGCCUGUGGGCUAUGCCGCCGGUGUCAAGGGGGCUCAGGAGCGCAUUGACAGUCUGCGUCGAGCUGGUGUGAUCCACGAGAGACAGCCAGUGGUCUCUUUAGAAAACUUCAUUGCUGAACUUUUUCCUGACAAGUGGUUUGACAUCGGAUGUUUGAUCCUCGAGGACCCUGGUCAGAACAUUCACAUCGAGCUCUUCACUCAGGCGACCCCUGUAGCAUUAGAGCACGUCCAGCAGGCUCAGUCCAUGACCCCUCCUGACUACAGCCUGCGCUGGUCAGGUCUGAGUGUUACCGUGGGUGAGGUCCUGGAGCAAAGCCUUCCCAACAUCAACAGAACAGACUGGCACCAGGCCAUGACAGGCCUAACCCAACGCCAGAUGAUCCACAGUGCUUCCAAAGCUCUGGCUGGUAUCUACAAACAGCAGUUGCUUCCCAGGACUACGUCAGGCUGAGUGCGUCAAGUUUCUGCGACAUACUGAGAGGAGGUGGACAGUAAACUAGCUGAUGGGACAUGAAGGUUCCACGUACCUCCCUCCAUCCGUCUGUCCUGCACAACAAAGCCAACUGCACAUUUCGUUAAAGAUGUUUGUGCCCACAGACGUUUUGCUGGCAUUCUCGUGUAUUUUAAUGGGUUUUACUGAAAAUUUAGAUUCCAUUUUGUUACGAUCAAGCUAUAAUGCAUUAUGAUCCUCUCCAUCCUUUUUAAAAUGUUUAUCAGUAUAAGCACAUAUUAAGGCAACGUUUAGUGUUUUAUUUAGGCAUUCUUAUUGUUAAUGUAGAGCUUUUGUCCCAUUUGUACUUUUCUGUACCCUAAGUCCAGUUUAGAGGGAGUAAUGCAGCAACUACCUGAUGUGAUUAGGCUGAGUGCAACAUCAAGAAGCCCUACAAUAUAGGAAAAAACCUUUUUUAGGGGGGGAAUUUUCUACCAUGCCCUAGGGCCAUUAUUACCAGCUACUCCCUAUACAAUGUACUAACUGCAUGCCAACAUUGCAGUUAUCAAACAUUAAUUGUUAUGAUUUACUGUUAUUUGUUGAUACAAUGCUCAAUUAAUACAAAAAUAAAUAUAUGUGACCAUUUAACCCGAACAAAAAAAAAUGAGCCAUGUCAUUACAACAUAUCUAUACAUAAAAAUCUUAAUUUCGCAUAUUGUUACCUUGAUGAGUGUGACCUAAAUUAACUUUGUAGCAAACAGCCGACAUCUUCCUGAUGCUACUGACCUCCAUCAGCAGGAUAGUACAUCCUUCAGCAUCACAAAAACUGCUAAUGGAUGGCUCAAGGACUGUAGCAUGGAGUGUUGAGAUUGGCCCAAGCCUUCCCUGAUAUAAAUCCAGUGGAGGGCCACGAGUCAUAUUUGCAGAUUCAUUGGAUAGCCACCCAAUUAGUGAAGUAUUUUGAUUUCUUGUCCUACAUAAAGACCAUGGCUGACGUGAAUGCUAAUACAAAUUUAUAC